AUUGGCAAGCCACUGUGGUUCCGGAUUCAGAAUAAGGCCAAUCUGAGCCCAUGCUUGGGUCUUUCGACUGCGGCUGGUACGCCCUGCAAUGCCGCCUCAUGCAGUCAGAGCCUGAUAGAUACGGGGAUGGAAAUAUCGUCACCUGACUCCUAAAUGCUGUCAACGGUCUUAUACAAAAGCCAAGGAAGCUUGUCAAAUUUUGCAAUUAGGGUAUUUGGAUAUAGCAUCCCGUUCGCGACCCGCCGAAGAUGGAGCACAACACUGCGAAGGACGAGAAGUCCAUGACGACGCGAGAUGAUAGCCUGCGGCCAAGUGACACUGAGCAGCAGAAAGCGAGACAGCAUUCAUCGCUUUCCCAACAGACGGACAACAUUCCAACUCCUCCCAAACGACCCGGAGAGGUUACCACUGUCACGCCCAAUGAAUGUAUCUCUCAUCUGAAAUUGCUGGCUGCUCUGGCCCAACUGCGGGAAUCCGUUAGUUCUACCGCAGGGGCUUUUAACAUUGACAAAGCAGGAAAUCAUAGAGACGUUUCCAAAGCUCAGGGAGUCCAGGACCGCGUGCAAGAGAAAAAGUGGCAGGUGUUCGUCUCCCGUGCCGUCGACCGCUUCACGCAAUGGUGGUUGAAGCUCCCGACUUAUAAAGAUAGACCGACCGUCAUGUCUCUUAAGAAGUUUGAGAUGGACCCACUGGCGCUGGAUAAAGAUAUAAGGGUCGUACUUACAAAAGCCGAGUUGCCGCCCUUAGAUGUCCUCAUGAUCUGGCACACCUACAUGCUUAACCCCCGCGCGUACUUGGAGGAUUGCUUCAGACAAGCCAAAAUGAACGUUUGGUCGACCCCGUUUCCACUUCACCUCAUUGCCGAGUGUAUCAGCGUUGAUGAGGGGAACAGGUACCUCUAUAACCCUGGGACGUUGGCCCCCCAAGCCUGGACGAGGAUGACCGGGAGGAAGUGGGAUAAUUUCGAUGACCCAUCAGAAUUUACCCUGGCCUGUCCAUUCUGCGAAAACAAACUCCAAGUGCCAUGGACAACAGCCCAUAUUUCCAUGGUGACUUCCACCACUGGAAAGUCGGUCGGAUUUCAGGCAGCUGAAGGUUACGCCGACCCAUCGUUCCGUGUGCACUGCCCUGGCUGCAAUGCGAAUCUGGAUCAUCAUUAUUUAUCUAUGCUGAAGUUUCACUUUGACAACCUCGAGCUGAUCGAUCAUGAGAUUCCUCUUCCCGGAACACUCUUCAAUGCGAAUGGCGUAGUCAAGUCCCGACGGAAAUGGGGCGCCAAAUGGAAGCAAUUGGCCCCGAACUACUAUUUCAUCCAUUUCAACCAAAGUUUCCUUCACGCCAUGAAAAAGCCAGGACUCCGUUGUAGGUCUAUCCGUGGCGUGGCAGAUUUGAUUUACAAGGACCUCUACAAAAGAGACCGUAAAAUCAAAGCCUUGGACAUAAAUACAGACCUGCGAUCGGCUUCCUUGUUUGGAGGCGCGAAAGGGCGUGGUCGUGGUGCGCUGCGUCGGAUGAUGUCGCGAUACUGGGGAGGGAACUCUUCCAUCUUCGCUUUAGAUCUCGUCGGCGCUGUGAUGCGACAAGGCACCUUUAUCACCAAAAUGCAGGGGUUAGAUUGGUUGCAUCUUCAAUCGCCAGUCGGUCUGCCUGGGUUGAUGCAGAGAUGCAUCCAGAAAUACAGCGUGUUCUGGUCGAUAAUUGUCAAGAACCCUUCGAAGAUAGUGGUUCCCACUCUCGAUGUAGACCUUGUUUGGCAUACGCACCAACUAGACCCCAGAUCAUAUUAUGAAUAUUCGCUUGCCACGACCGCGGCCGAAAAGCCCAUCAGAUUCAUCGACCACGACGACAAGAUUGACGAAGGGCAACUAUCGGACUCUUUCGCAUGGACUGUCAAACAGUAUCGCAAGGCUACUAGGGGAAUGGUCUACAGCGAAUGCUUCUGCUGGUACUGUGCAGCCACGAGAGGAGAAGGGUUGCUGGAGAAGCUGUCACAUUCAUCCACAACCGACAAGGCAUCCCCGGUGGAGCCCGAGAACCCUGGUCAAGACGCACAUAUCUCAGCUCACAGCGCAGUGAGGUCUGGGGGAGAGGGUCCGAAAUGGAGACGCAAGAAACUUGACCGAAUUGUCCGCAAACAUCAGGGAGGGAAGGACACCGACAAAAUGAAAACGAAAAAAGAUCGCAAGAUUAUCGAUACUUUCGAGCAAGACCCGCCUCUUCACUGCGAUGCUUACAUUAGCAACCCGGCGUGUUUUAGUGUGGCAAUGAGUGCCGAAGGAAAUUGUGUUGCUGGGACGUGCGUUCCGUCGGCGGCUGCCGGUGGCUGUGGAGGAUCAAACCUGGGCUCGGCUUGUGCAACAGGAAUUCGGUAUCAUGGUGGUGGCUUUGCGUUCAUCCAGAACACGUCCGCGGGAGGCGCAGGAGGAGGGGGAGUUGGGUGUGGUGGGGGUUGUUAAAUUGUUAUUAAACCCUAGGUAUGAUAUCGUUGGAGUCAUGUAUUAACAAGUAGGGCAUUUGAAACAUGGCUACGGCAUUAUCAUAGUAGAAUCUACCCAAGACGCUAGGCGCAGCGUAUGGUAUACCUAGUUAUACCUACUGUGGAGCACGUCCAAUUGGGGUAGUUGGAGAGGUCUGGAAAUGUAACUCGUUUGGUAUUCAUGGCUCAAGUUUAGCAAGAAAAGGAGAGGAAUAGUCUAGGACUGUUGAUCUAGAAACGGAACAUGCGGGAGACCGCAGCCGCAAAGAUGGUCAUACAGAUCGUUUCAAAAUAAGCGGGCAGAGGCAUAGAUCUGGCACCCGAGGAGGCAGUUGCGCUUCGGACAACGCUGCUUGUGGCGGUCGCAGCCCUGGUGCCCGAGGGUAUAGAGGAG